AAGAAGACAGUUCAUAUGGUAAUGAGAUCAAGCGAGGGUAUGUCAGAAGGCGGAAUGAAAUCAUCUGAGUUUACAGAAGGUCCGAACGAGCCGUCAGUCGUCGUUGGUCCAACGAGCCGAUAGGACAACUUCUCUGCGAUACUUAUCCCGGUCAAGAGGUCAGGAUGAGGGCAACGACGCAGUUGCUUCUGGUGACUCUUUGCGUUGCUGUUCUUUUGCUCUCGGAUGUUUCCGGAAAGCAUCAUGGCCAUCGCUCGCAUUCGACACCAUCCUCUGACAUCGAGACUCAAGAUGUGAGCAUCAACGAAGUCUUGCCCGAAGAUGUAGAAGACAAAUACGAGACAGUCAGCCCCGACGAAAACAAUCGUUGGAAGUACGACCCUUGCAUGGACAAACACUGCAGUGCUGGACGCUCUUGCCAGCCCGACGAUGAAGGUGUUGCUCAUUGUGUCUGCGUGGAGGAAUGUGAACCCGAAUCAGAUGUUCGCCGCAAAGUGUGCACCAAUUUGAACGAGACAUGGUCGAGUGACUGCGAGGUCCACCAGGCAAGGUGUUUCUGCAGUACGGAUGACCCGAGAUGCAAGAGUCCCGAGCACAAGCACGUCCACGUCGAAUACUUCGGGGAGUGCAGACAAAUGCCGGAAUGUACCGAGGAUGAAAUGGUUGACUUCCCCCGACGCAUGCGGGAUUGGCUUUUCAACGUUAUGCGUGACCUUGCCGACCGCAGAGAGCUUACCGAACACUUUUUGGAAAUGCAACGGGCCGCCGAAAAGAACUUGACUCUCCGUUGGACAAACGCCGUGGUAUGGAAGUGGUGCGACCUCGAUGGCAGCCCCCAUGACAGAGCCGUUUCUAGACACGAACUUUUCCCCAUUCGAGCUCCGCUUAUGGCUCUUGAACAUUGUAUCGCUCCCUUCCUUGACGCCUGCGACGCCGAUGGUAAUCACAAAAUCACAUUGAGUGAGUGGGGCAAGUGCCUCGAAAUCGGGGAGGAUGAUUUGGACGACAAAUGCGGCGAGUUGGUCGAAAUGGUGGGCGAACUAGAUUAGAUAUAAAGUAAAUUCGUUACCUAUUAUAAUACGCCUUGAUGUAAGUAAGUUGCGGCUGAAAUAAGGACAGCAAUUCAUUGGACUCAUAUCAUACGGGAAUGAUAAGUAAAUAAUCAACGGUCAGUUAAGGCAGAAACGCGGGAAAGAUGGCAUACGUAUGAGUAAUUCGUCGUGUCAUUGCGCAUAUGCAUUUAUCUUCAGUCUAUCGUCUCUUCGUCUGUCUCACGUUUGAAAUAUAGAAUGCGUCAAUAAAUCGCCACUCCUAAUUUACGUCGAGGCUUAAAUCUAUUUCAAUGUACGUACACUAAGAAGUUGGAGAGGAAGAAAAAACGGAAACUCAAAACUGGAAGAGAAAAA